CCCGAGGCGCACGGAGCGGCGCGCGCCGGUCGGCAGAGCCAGGCUGGCGCCCCCGCCCCCAGCCCCUCGGUCCGUCGCCCGUCCGGCGCCUUCCCGUUCUACUUACCUUCGCUCCCCGGCCCUGUGGCCGCGCUCCCUCCCUCCCGCCCCCUCCAGCCCUUGCUGCCGGGCUCCUACAGGCCCCCUCGCUGCCCGCGUUCCUAUGGACAGACGCACAGACACCUGCAGGAAAGACACUGCUGAUCCUGUAACAUGGAGGAUUGCCUUCAUACCUCAUCUGAGAAUCUAUCCAAAUUGGUCAGCUGGGCCCACAGCCAUGGGACCAUUUGCAGCCUCAUUCCAAACCUGAAACAUUUGCUUUCGGAAGGUUCCCAUGGAAACCUGACAGCAAUGUGGGGCUGUAGUGCGGGCCAUGCUUAUCACUGGCCACUGACAGCUACUUGCAGAGCUGGCUCCCAAGAAAGGGUCUGUUUCCAGGAUAACAGAAGUUUUAACUCUGAUAGUCCCAGUAUAAUUGGAGUGCCCUCUGAGACACAAACUAGCCCCGUUGAAAGGUACCCUGGGAGACCAGUGAAAGCAAAGCUAGACUGUAAUCGGACCAGAGACUCUUGUGACUUCUCUUAUUGCAGUGAGCCCUCUGAACUGGAUGAAGCUGUUGAAGAGUAUGAAGAUGAAAACACUCUGUUUGACAUGGUUUGUGAGUCUUCUGUUACAGAUGAGGAUAGUGACUUUGAACCCCAAACCCAAAGGCCUCAAAGCAUUGCUCGAAAAAGGCCUGGAAUAGUCCCAUCUUCUCUCCAUUCAAGCUCCCAGGCUCAGAUGAUUGAUGAAUGCAGCAGUGAUGUGAUCAUUAAGAAAAUCAAACAGGAGAUUCCUGAAGAUUAUUAUAUUGUGGCGAAUGCAGAGCUGACCGGAGGGGUAGAUGGACCAGCCCUCUCGUUGACGCAGAUGGCAAAACCUAAGCCUCAGACUCAUGCUGGUCCCUCCUGUAUAGGGUCUGCUAAGCUGAUUCCCCAUGUAACAUCUGCCAUCAGCACAGAGCUAGACCCACAUGGUGUGUCUGCAUCCCCCUCUGUGAUGUCUAGACCAAUCGUCCAGAAGACUGCUAGGGUAUCUUUGGCUUCACCAAGCAGAGGACCCACUGGUGCCCAUGGCACCAACCAGCAGGUGGCCAUACAGAUGCCGGUGAGCACAUCCCAUCCUAACAAACAGAUCAGCAUCCCUUUGUCUGCCCUGCAGCUGCCUGGACAGGAUGAGCAAGUUCCUUCUGAAGAGUUCCUGUCCCAUCUGCCCAGCCAGGUCUCCUCCUGUGAGGUGGCCCUUUCUCCCUCAGUUAACACAGAGCCAGAAGUGAGCUCCAGUCAGCAGCAGCCCCCAGUUGCUCCGACCAUAACCACUGAGGCCACGGCACAGUGCAUACCAGACCAGGAUGAAAGAGCAGCUGAGCUCAGCAGGGAGCAGAAUGAGAAAACCAUCCGGAGCACGCAGACCGCGCUCCGCAAUUUCCCCUAUUCUACUAAGCUCAACAAAUUUCCUGUAUUUAAUAUUAACGAUGACUUGAAUGAUCUGUGUACCAGUGCAGUAAGCCCAAAUACGACCAAAGCAACACGGUAUGCCCUGAAUGUGUGGCGAUAUUGGUGUAUGACCAAUGGGCUCAAAGAUCACACAGACAUCACCAAGAUCCCUGCAGUGAAGUUGAACGAGCUGCUUGAGAACUUUUAUGUCACCGUUAAGAAGAGCGACGGCUCAGACUUCCUGGCCACGUCGCUCCACGCCAUCCGCCGAGGCCUGGACCGCAUCCUGAAGAACGCAGGCGUGGGCUUCUCCAUCACCAGCAGCACCUUCAGCUCCUCCACCAAGAAGCUCAAGGAGAAGCUGUGGGUGCUGAGUAAGGCAGGGAUGUCAGGUGCCCGUUCUCGCAACAUCGUCUACUUCUCCCUCUCUGAUGAGGAGGAGAUGUGGCAGGCAGGGUGUCUGGGGGAUGACAGCCCCAUUACCCUUCUGUCCACCGUGGUCAAGUACAACAGCCAAUACCUGAAUAUGCGGACGCUGCAGGAGCAUGCUGAUCUGAUGUAUGGUGACAUCGAGCUGCUCAAAGACCCACAGAACCAGCCCUAUUUUGCCCGGACAGACAGCGUCAAGCGGGAGAGUCGGAGUGGUUCCACUCGAGUGUGCCACGGGAAGAUCUACCACGAGCAUUCCAGGGGACACAAACAGUGCCCUUACUGCCUCCUCUACAAGUAUAUGUACAUCCACCGACCACCCACCCAAAUGGAGGCCAAGUCCCCUUUCUACCUUACCGCCAGGAAGGAGGCCGCAGACAUGGGCAGUGUGUGGUACGAGGAACAGAGGAUGGGACUGAGGUCUCUUCGGGGAAUUGUCCCGAACUUAGCCAAGAAGGUCAAGCUGGAAAACUGUGAGAACUUCACCUUCGUCUCAUUUACUCAGGUCUCCAGGAGGCUUGGCUCCCACAGCUGCUGCCAGUGAGUCUCCCCUGGGUCCCAGCCACCACCCGACACACCCUGGCAGGCGGGCGCUCCCCCGCAGCCAAGGCCAGAGCUCUGAGGCGGCAGGGAUGACCGUGACUUCAUGGUCAGGCUGGUCCCUGUCAGUGGGACUUUGAGUGAUUUUCUUUCUUUCUUUCAAAGAUUUCUUUGACUUUGGGUUUGUUUUUUUAACUGAAAGUAGAUGAAUAUUUAGGAUGUUUUAUCCAGAUGUGUGUCACCUUUGUUAAAUUAUAGAGUCUAAUGCACUGUAUAAGUUAGUACAUACACAAGAGUGAGGAAGUUCAUUUUAUCUAGUGCCUUUUUAGCACAGAUUUUCUCAAAAAAAUAAAAGGGAGGGGGGGAAGAAAACUGUUUAAGUAGUCACUAAAAAAAAAUCCCAGUAGCCUAGUAGCUUUAGAAUGUUCUAAACACUUUGUGGAAUUACACUCACAGUGAGGAACUAGGAAGAGAGAGGCAGACAUGUUAACUAUUUCCAGGAGAAAAAUUGCACCUGGCACUCCUCCUUAUGUUUUGUUGUUGGAUAACUUGGUCCUGCAGAGCAAGCAGCCUUGCUUGAUGGAAGGUCGUGGAGCUACGCUCAGUCAUGCUGAUAGGAAGGUGGGGACUGCUCUCAGCCCUGGGAGGAACUUGAUCUCUGCAUCAAUGGAGACAGUUUUAUGAGAAAAGAUUAAUGCACCAAACGGUGCUUGUGAGAACAAGGUUUCCAAUGAACUAGACGGUUUGUACCAUGAGGGAAUUUCCAGUAGUGAGAGAAAGUGUCUUGGAAAAGCGGUCUGUGAUCAAAACGUGAAAAACCUCCUGAAGCAGAAGUGCCUACAUUUUCUUUCUCAGCGUCAUGUGAAAGCUAUUUUCGUUUGAACA